CGGGAGUGGUACGAGCCAACGAGCCGGCUGCGAAAGCUGCACAGCAUUUCACUGCAUGUGCAGGACAGCCCCUGUAGGAGCUCUCCCCGUCUAGAGCAUCCAACGCAACCCCCGUCAGCCUCCGACCAACUCUCUCUCUCUCUCCAUCACCACCGCCUGCUCGCUUUGCUUGCCUCCGUCCAUCCCUGUGCGCGCGCGCGCGUGUGCGCGUGUGCUCGCGUAGUCUCUCCACCCACUCUCCCCAUCGCCAAACCCACUCCCCUUCGCACCCUUCACCGCACCCAGCAAGAGCUGUGUUUCUGAGCCGCAGUGUGCCGUGCAGGAGAGAGGGCUGGCUCGCUUCGGAGGGAGCUGCUGCGGCUGCCUGAUCCAUCCUUGAUCGUCCGCUCUUGGCCACCGCUACAGCUGGCGGGAGGUGGCAGCAGUCUGCAUCUUGACUGCGGCGGAUCACCGUAUGCCGCGUCAAUUGGACGAAAACACCAAAAACACCCCCCCCCCACCCCUCCAAUAACCGCGCAGAGGAGAAGCGAGAGACGGAAGGAGUGCGGGCAAAUCUGCGCGGUCAUGGGCAGCUGAAUUAUUCGAGUCACAGAGAGCCAAGGGACAGCCACCAUCUCCUAACACGACGGAAAGGGGCCACUUCCACAGCCAUCGAGGCAGAAGCCACUGCACUGCUCAAAAUCAAGAAAUACACAGCUGCGCAUUCGCCAAGUCAUAAAAAUCAAGUUUUUGUUUGCUAUGAGUAUUUUAUUUCGGUGUUGCAUGGACAACGGACGUUUUUUUGAACGAGUGCUGUACAAGUCUCAACAACGACGACAAUAAGACUGCUAACUGAUAAUAAAUUGAAUUUCUGCCUUGGGCAAUAAGAAUUUCAGAAAGAAUUGAUUCCCGUGUCCAUAAGAAAAUAAGAAAGAAAAACAAAGCAAAGCCAAGAAAUUAGAAACGAGUAAAGUUUCAAAACGGCGGCUGUUGUUCGAUCGAACGAAGCAGGCAAACAAAUAUUGCGUUUGCUGUCUGUUCAGUUCAACUGGCGUUAAAAUCCAGGACGUAUGCAAUCGUUGGCAAAACAAUUCUAAUUAAAAGCUGACGCUGCCGUAGAACUGGCCGCUCUCACCGCAAGCCUCCGCUAAGGCCAGCCGCCCAAGCAUGGGAGAAAUGGCCAACAGCACGGCCAACGUCGGACAUGGGCCAAAGGGCGUGGGGCCGUCCGGAGGCAGCCAGGAUGGCGACUUUGGCCUCUCCGUGGAUGAACUCAGGGCCCUCAUGGAACUACGGGGGCCGGAAGCGAUCGCCAUGGUGCAGGAGGCGUACGGGGGCAAGGAGGGAGUCUGCCGACGACUGCACACAUCACCCAAUGACGGCCUGCCAGGCACAGCGGCUGACCUGGAGAAACGGCGCUUGGUGUUCGGGCAAAACUUUAUUCCCCCGAAGAAACCGAAGACGUUUCUGGAGCUUGUGUGGGAGGCCCUGCAGGACGUGACUCUCAUCAUCCUCGAAAUCGCCGCCAUCGUCUCUCUGGGCCUGUCUUUCUACCAGCCACCCGGGCAGAACUCCGACAUGUGCGGCAGUGUGAGUGGAGGCGCGGAGGACGAGGGCGAGUCGGCCGCCGGGUGGAUCGAGGGCGCCGCCAUCCUCCUGUCGGUGGCGUGCGUGGUGCUCGUCACGGCCUUCAACGACUGGAGCAAGGAGCGUCAGUUCCGCGGACUACAGAGCCGCAUCGAGCAGGAGCAACGCUUCUCCGUGAUCCGCGGCGGGCAGCUGCUGCAGCUGCCGGUGGCCGACAUCGUGGUGGGAGACAUCGCGCAGGUCAAGUACGGUGACCUCUUGCCUGCCGACGGGAUGCUCAUACAGAGCAACGAUCUCAAGAUCGACGAGAGCUCUCUCACCGGAGAAUCGGACCACGUGCGCAAAAGCAUCGACAGGGAUCCAAUGCUGCUCUCGGGUACCCAUGUGAUGGAGGGCUCGGGCCGAAUGGUGGUCACAGCUGUUGGCGUCAACUCCCAAACGGGAAUCAUCUUCACGCUCCUGGGAGCAGCCGAAGAAGGCGACAAAGACCAAAGAAAGCCAGCAGGUGUGCAGGAGGGCCAGCCCCCCGGGGUUUCGUCCCCAGCGGCCCACGUUCCAGGCCCCCGGCCUCGUGCCCGGGGCCACGCUAAUUCUGCCGCGAACCCAAACCCGGGUGUCUCCAACGGAAAAAACCAAGACGCAACUGUGGAGACUGACAAAGUUAAAGCCUCAGGUGGAGCGGCCAUGGAAAUGCAACCGCUGAAGACUCCGGAGGUGAUGGUGGUUGGAGGUGGCACGGCUGCCGGUGGUGGUGGCGGCGGCAUCGGCGGCGUUGGGGUCGGGGCAGCGCCCUCAUCCCCGGUGCCAGCCGCCACGGGCGGCGGGGUCGGCGGCGAGGGAGGCGUCGGCUGCGGGACGUCGCCCGCCGACGGCGGCGACGAGAACAAGGAGGUCAAAAAGAAGCCCAACGUGUCCAAGAAGGAGAAGUCGGUGCUGCAAGGGAAGCUCACCAAGCUCGCGGUGCAGAUCGGGAAAGCCGGCCUGGUCAUGUCCUCCAUCACGGUCCUCAUCCUCAUUCUCUACUUCGUCAUCCAGACGUUCUGGGUGGAGGGCCGGCCCUGGCUGGCCGAGUGCACGCCGGUCUACGUUCAGUACUUCGUAAAGUUCUUCAUCAUCGGCGUCACCGUGCUUGUCGUGGCCGUGCCAGAGGGACUCCCUCUGGCCGUCACCAUCUCGCUCGCCUACUCCGUGAAGAAAAUGAUGAAGGACAACAACCUGGUGCGGCACCUGGACGCGUGCGAGACGAUGGGCAACGCCACGGCCAUCUGCUCCGACAAGACGGGCACGCUCACCACCAACCGCAUGACGGUGGUGCAGGUGUACAUCGGCGACGUGCACCACCGCGGGAUCCCGGAGCCCGACUCCGUGGCGUCCAGCACGCUGGAAACCCUCAUCAACGGCAUCGCCGUCAACUGCGCCUACACCACCAAGAUCCUGCCGCCCGACAAGGCGGGCGGCCUCCCCAAGCAAGUGGGCAACAAGACGGAGUGCUCGCUGCUGGGCCUCGUGCUGGAUAUGAAGAGGAGCUACCAGGCGGUGCGCGACCGGCUCCCCGAGGAGGCCCUCUACAAGGUCUACACCUUCAACUCGACGCGCAAGUCCAUGAGCACGGUGCUCAGCGAGCCGGGCGGAGGCUUCCGCCUCUACACCAAGGGGGCGUCGGAGAUCGUCCUCAAGAAGUGCUCGCACAUCCUGGACGCGUCUGGCAAGGCGCGCGCCUUCAAGCCACGCGACCGCGACGAGAUGGUGCACAAGGUGAUCGAGCCCAUGGCGUGCGACGGCUUGCGCACAAUCUGCCUCGCCUACCGCGACUUCCCGGCGGGGAGCUCCGGCGAGCCCGACUGGGAGGACGAGGCCAACAUCGUCACAGACCUCACCUGCAUCACCGUCGUUGGAAUCGAGGACCCAGUGCGGCCCGAGGUCCCAGAAGCGAUCCGCAAGUGCCAGCGGGCGGGCAUCACGGUGCGGAUGGUGACCGGAGACAAUAUCAACACGGCGCGUGCCAUCGCGGUCAAGUGCGGCAUCCUGCACCCGGGAGAGGACUUCCUGUGUCUCGAGGGCAAAGACUUCAACCGCCGGAUUCGCAACGAGCAGGGAGAGAUUGAGCAGGAGAGGAUAGACAAGAUAUGGCCCAAGCUGAGGGUCCUCGCACGAUCCUCUCCGACGGACAAACACACGCUCGUGAAAGGGAUCAUCGACAGCACCGUCUGCGCACAGCGACAGGUGGUGGCCGUGACAGGCGACGGAACCAACGAUGGCCCCGCUCUCAAGAAGGCGGACGUCGGAUUCGCGAUGGGCAUUGCUGGCACGGACGUGGCAAAGGAGGCUUCCGACAUCAUCCUCACCGACGACAACUUCAGCAGCAUCGUCAAGGCGGUGAUGUGGGGGCGCAACGUCUACGACAGCAUCUCCAAGUUCCUGCAGUUCCAGCUCACGGUCAACGUGGUGGCCGUCAUUGUCGCCUUCACCGGCGCCUGCAUCACGCAGGACUCCCCGCUCAAGGCCGUGCAGAUGCUGUGGGUGAACCUCAUCAUGGACACGUUCGCGUCGCUGGCGCUCGCCACCGAGCCGCCCACCGAGGCGCUGCUGCUGCGGCGGCCGUACGGGCGCAACAAGCCGCUCAUCUCGCGCACCAUGAUGAAGAACAUCCUGGGCCACACCGUCUACCAGCUCACCGUCAUCUUCACGCUCUUGUUCUGCGGAGAGCAGAUCUUCGACAUCGACAACGGCCGCAACGUUCCCCUGCACGCGCCGCCGUCGGAGCACUACACCAUCAUCUUCAACACCUUCGUGCUCAUGCAGCUCUUCAACGAGAUCAACGCGCGCAAGAUUCACGGCGAGCGCAACGUCUUCGAGGCCGUGUUCCGAAACCCCAUCUUCUGCUCCAUCGUCCUGGGCACCUUCGCAAUCCAGAUUGUCAUCGUCCAGUUCGGAGGAAGACCCUUCAGUUGCUCGGGUCUCAGCAUCGACCAGUGGCUGUGGUGCGUCGUCCUGGGCUUUGGGGAGCUGCUCUGGGGACAGCUCAUCGUCACCAUCCCGACGAGCCACCUCAAGUUCCUGAAGGAGGCCGGGCACGGGCCGGCCGAGCACGAGCUGCACGAAGACGUCACGUCCCCCGACGUGGACGAGAUCGACCACGCAGAGCGCGAGCUGCGACGCGGGCAGAUCCUCUGGUUCCGGGGGCUCAACCGCAUCCAGACGCAGAUGGACGUAGUAAAUGCCUUUCAAGGCAGCUCAGCACCCCCUCCCCCGACCCUACGCAGACAGGCAUCCGUGCUAAGCCAGCAACUGCAGCAGAUAAAUUCACAGCAGCAACAGCAGCAGCAACAACAACAGCAGCAGCAGCAACAAGAUCUCCGAGUGGUGGAUGCGUUCCGUAGCUCGCUGUACGAGGGCUUCGAAAAACCCGAUUCGCGCACCUCCAUCCACAACUUCAUGAACGACCCCGGCUUCAACAUGGACGACUCCCAGACCCAGCUGGCCUCUUUGGGACACGGAGGAGCCGCGUCGGACAGCGGCGCGAGCGACGUGGACAUCAAAUCCAGGGCCAGUCCCACGGGCAGCAGUAAAUCUCACCUCAAGCCUGCCACCGCCACCACCACCACCACCGCAGUGACGCCUCUGAAUUCCUGCUUCCCUCCGCCGAUCGGCGACUCCGCUGCGUCCGAGCCGUGCCUCGCCGUGAACCCCUGCCCCAACCCCUACCCCAGCCCCAACCCUAGCCCCAACGUGGCCCUGAAAGCCAACGCGGCGGCCGGGAGGUCCAAUCUGUCCUCGUCUUCGUCUUCGCCGCCGACCAACCGCAACACGGACAGCGGCGUGGCGCUCACCAACACCUCGCUGUCUUCUGCGCCCGCGAGCCCCCAGAACAGCCUGGAGACGGCGCUUUAGACGGAGAGGCGCGGUGGGUGACGGAGGGGGGGGGGCGGGGGGGGGGGCACUUUUGGAUUUUUUUGGGGGGGGAGGGAGAGCGGCCGAGGAUCGUCAAAGUCUGACAACAAAUUAAUCGGAAUACGUUACUGGGGGUGUGGCGGUGGCAAUCGUGAAGAGUUUCGCUCCACCGCGGCACCGUCGUCAUCAUCAUCGCCGCCGUCGUCGUCGUCACAGGCAGGAGAAGAUGAUGGCCAUCCGUAGUUCACCCAGAAGAAUACGGGGGAGGGAGGGCGUGGGAGAGGUGUGGGGGGGUGGUUGGGGAUGGAGAUGAGCGAAGAAUGACCAAUUGAAAAAUCUAAAGUCAAACAUCGGCUUGUUUGCUCCCAAGUCAAGUGUAGGUAGAAUUUAGUGCAGUGAUCAAGACAAGCGGAUUUAUCGUUUAAGCUAAUAUUUAUUUAGCCGAGCCGCCCAUGAGAGCGCUUCUUUAAUCAGCAAGCAGACAGAGAAUGAUUACCCAGGCUCUGUCAAUCAUUUUUUGUUUCGAGAGAUUCAGCAUAAGAGAAGGGUGACAACGCAUUCGUCGAUUUUGUUUAAACGUUUUCUUUCGUGACAUUUCAUGAACGGUAGUUUAUGUUUUAGUAAUCACAGAUCGGUGAUAUGCAUCACGAUUUUUCUUUCUUUGUUUCAGAAAAUGAUAUUUCAUCUCAUGUAUUUAUCGUUAUUUUUUGCAAUUCCGCUCGAAGAAAAUGUUCAAUUUUAACAACAGCAAAAAUCAGUUACAGACGUGUGAAUUAAAUUGGGAUGCUAUUUUCAUGGUUGCAAUUUAGUACAUUUUUUGCUAUUAACCUUUUUUGUAGAAUCCAGCCUGGCCAAUUCCAUUGAACGCCGUUUUUAUUAGUUUUUUGCUGUUGACACUACGGUAGGGGUUUGUAGGGGGGAGGGGGCGUUAUUGUAACCAAAAGCGUAUGAUUAAAUGUGCAAAAUUAAUGUAUUAGACUUUUAAAAAAGUUUAAUGUUUAAUUUGUUUUUAUAAAAAUGCAAGCACUCUUUAAUCAUCCAUUAAUGAUUCCUUACCACAACACAAGUAACUAUAAUAACUUCCAUUACCCAGGUAACAUCCAAUGUUGAAAUGUGUGCGCUUUAAUCUAUAAGCACGUUUCUUUCCCAGUUUCCUAAGUGAAGCGCCUAUAAUGUUUUUAGUGGCAAUAAAAUAUUUGCAAUGGGGUACAUUUUAGAAAAAAAAAUGUACUUAGGAAGCCUACCGCAUCGAUAAAGAAUAGCCACGAUUUUCGCCAAAUGCCAAUAAUGUUGAACUAAUUUAAGCUUUCAGUUUCCAAUAUCUGAUUUAUUUUUUACGCUCAUAUUGAUUCAGACUCUGGGUGAAUCUAUGACCGUCACUCGCAGGUCCGCGAACAACAAAAUAGCUCGCAAUAUUACGAUACAAAAUAAUGUUUCAGUAAUUUUUAAAGGUAUAUAUAUAAAAAGAGGACAUUUUAUUGGGAAAUAUGGUCUACAAAGACAGCCUUAACGGACUGUUUGGGCAAGUGCUGUUAGCACCUUUGUGAGGCCUGUACAGCGCACGAGAAAGUGUUGUCAACAACCACAUCUGGCCGCCUUCGCCUGCCCGGUGCUUAUAUUGACACACCGCACCAGGUACCCAUUUAAGGCUGAGUCAACCUACGGAAGGCCCAGGACCGGUUCUAAUAUUCACCACUGUUAUUGGUCUUGAGCGGGAAUCGAACUUGGGUGGGCGGGUUCGUGGCGCAGUGUACUAACCAACUGCACCACAGCUCCCCGUGUGUGUGCGCGCGUGUAUACCGAUAUGGCAACAGUACACACGCACACACCACAGGCUAAAGGUUACCUGCCUACAGUUGUGGUGUUUCUGUUUUUACUCUGUCAUCGACGAUCCAUCUAUCAUAAAAGUUGGUGCCCCUGAAUUCAUUUAACGCAGGAGCGCAGCUAUAUUCAUUACGUACAUACGUGCAAACAUUCAUUUAUCGGCAGAGGCGAUGCACAUCCGUGGACCCGAAAAGAAAAAGUGCAUCAAAGUGUCAAGAUCAGUGACUUUUGUGUGUGCGCGUGCUCACGUGACUUUAUGCAAAACAUGAAGCAUCGACGGGGAAGUGGCACUUUGAUGGCGUCUUGUUGCCUCGAGUGGGGGAAAAAAGUGGCCUCGAAAUUUGAGAUAAAAUGUUUUUCGAUGUUGCGUCUGAUGUUCCGAAUCCGAGCCACAAUCACGCGCACACACGGAAGUGGCGGUGGAAAUGUUUUUUUGAUUCAAUUUUCAAAUGCACGGCACCCUUUCAACUUUCUCUCUCUCUCUACACUGCAUUUCCCACAAUCCUUAAAAUAAAUGCGCUUUACUCUGCUACCACAUUGAAAGCGUCAAAAGGAACCGACGGAUAAGCUUAACAUCAGGUUGAUAAACCCUUUCAAAAAUAUAAUGCGUUGAAAAAAUAUUACAUCCACCUCUUGCGAGUGAGUGAGCGAGCGAUUGAACGGGGCUUGGACGUGUGUCUAAAAUGUGGGGGGUGCAAGUACACACGUGUGCAGAAUAUUUAUGGAUAUGUAUAUGCAGUAUGUUAUGUAUACACACAUAUAUAAGUAUAUACAGGCUUGUAUGUGCAUGUGUGUUUGCAUGUGUAUGUGUGCAUGCAAACAUACAAGGUGCUGUAUUUAUCGAUACAUGGAUGCAGUAUAUACAUAUACAGACAUGUAUGUUCGGCAUUAAAUGGCAAGUGGAUUAAAAUAGAUUCCUUUGCAUGAGACACAUGCAUCAAAUUGUGUGCGUAAGAAUGGAUCCAAUUGAAGUCAAUCUAUCCCAAUACCCUGGGCUUGCGGAGCAACUGAAACCAUACAGGACACUAACAAUCACCAUACUAUACAAGACGAGAGUAAAACCUAAAACAGUAAUAAUGAGACACAACUUCAACGAAUGCCCAUUAUCCCAGGAAACCCUUAUAUUUUUUUAUAAAGAGGGUAUCGCAUUGGGAUUAUGUUGGCCAAUUUGGCCAGUUCCAUUCGUGGAGAAUUAACAAGCGGCAUGGGGCGAGGAGUGAACGAGUAUGUGCCUAAUGUAUGUCCCAUUUACAUGUGUGUACAUGAUAUGAGUUGAUUCUGGAUUACUGCAGAAGAGAAAAUGUCAGCACCAGGCUUCCUUGACUGAUUAGUUCCUGCGAUGUGGCACUCUCUGCUACAGCAGCCGAUGAUUGCUGUCAAUACCUCCCAGUCAACCUUCACUCCAUGGGAGGUUGCUCACUCUCCUCUGCUUUCCCCAUUGUCUGGAACUCCACUCCCCCCAGCCGUCUGUCCUGUUGACUCCAUGCCACCAUUCACGUCGAGGCUCAAGCCUUCGCUUUUAACAUCGGCCCACGACUGUCCCUCUUUCUGCAAAAUAUAUAUCUCUCCACAAUUGUUUUUGGAACCACGUUUUGAGAUGCGGCUUCAUUUAGACCCCCAUAUAGGUUUAUGUUUCCCAUAAUUAAGAAUGAUUUCGUUCAACCCGCCUUCACCCAAGGGGCAGAACACGACUUUCUUGCUCCAAUUGGCUCACACGGAGCGUAGCGGCCCCCGCUUUGCUUGCAGCAAUUCGAGCCCCUUUCCGUGUUACUGCAGCUCUGGGGUAGCGAUGCAUGCGGCAGGGCUGGUAACAACAACAACAACAACAAAAUCAUUCAAAAGGGAGCAACUGGCAGUCAAUUGAAGCGCUGGUUUCUGGCGUUUUCUGCUUCUAAAGAACACCCAGAAGUAACUCUCCUUAUGUCUCCCGCAUAAACUCCUUUUGUCGAUGUCUCUGCGUCUGCAUAUCGCCUAUUUCACGGUAAAGACAUUUUGGCACGGCACAGAGAGCCUGGUAAUCACAACGUCCAACGUAAAGAUCUUUUUUUUAAUAUAUAGCUUCUGAAAUGUUCUUAAUUCACAGCGGGCGCGCGAGCGGCACGAUGAUCCUUAAAGGAGCCCGCAUCAUUACCGUCUCUAAUAUGCCCCGAAUUGUUCUUGUAAUUAUAUUGACGUGCAACUGCCCGUAUAAACAUUUACAGGUGUGUGUGCGCGCGCGCGUGUGUGUCUGUAUAUAGUGUAUCGUGUUACUCGUGGGGGGGGGAUAAGAAAAAAGCAAUGGCUUUGGUUGAAUUUUGCGACGAUUCGUGGCACGUGGCGCAUCAGAGCGACGGUGACCUCGCGACGUUCGCGUCGGCAGCUCGCGCUCUCUGCGUUGUCCGUGACGUUCCGGCGCCGGACCCUCCUGCGUGACUGCCGGGGCGUGAGUGGCCGGGACAUUUAUGGAGCGGCAUUCGCGGAAGAGACGGAGGAGGAACUCGCACGCCCGCAUCUCUCGCGUGCGAUAAAUUCGGCCUCGCCCCCUUGGGGGAGGACGCAAUCCGGAAGACUCUUGAUCUUCGAGACGUCGGAGUUGAAGGCGCAUGUGUGGUAGUCGUAGUUGGAGUAGACGCUUCCUUCGGGCGGGGGAGUCCCUCGAGUGGUCAACAAGGUUCGCCCGGUGACAACUGGCGGAGUGUUAAUGAUCGCUGGCGUAACGAUUGCUGCGCUCGCGAGCAAACUUGAGACCGGGAGCACAUUGGCGAAAUAUUCGAUUGCCAUAGUGUGGUCGUUCAGUAUAAACGCGGUUCACCCUUUGGUUCUCCAUCAGAGGUUAUGUUUCAUGUUUGGUUUGGUGGCUUCUCUGAACACAAAGACAAAGAUUCCACCCCGCCCGUGUAGCCUGCAGAGGCUGUUGGGGAAAGUGCUGUCGACGAGCACCUGCGCGGGCCAGCACGGCACACGAGGGGGGUGGAGGGGGGGUUUGGCCGUCUCCCCACACUCUACUACAAACGCACACACACAAGCACACAUACACGUAAGUAUAUGCACCACCUUGCGUGCACAUAUGUAGAACUUCUUUUGCACCGUGCGUAGCCAACCGUGCUAAUCCGAGGUGCGGGGUGUAUCCACACACACACACCCGCCUGUGUGUGAAUGCAAUUGGGUAGACAUGUUUAUUAUAUAUUUUUUACAAUAACCCAACGUAAUGUUAAGCCUAUUCACGUCGUUAUCAAAAGCUCCUGAACAUAUGGUGGAAAUUCCACAUUGCUAUGGCAGGGGGGCAAUUUUAUUGUAUGGUAGCAUAAGAUUUGGCUCUUGAAAGAUAAAUCGUUAACUUCUAAGUGUUGAUUAAUAACAUUUAGAUACACUGCGAAUAUAUACACUUCGAAAAUAUGCAUAUAUUGUAAAUAAUAAUAAACCGUUCAAAAUACAAAUGAUUGCUGAACAUGGAAAUUGACGUUAAAGUUGAUGGGCUUUGCUUAUGAAAACAUUGGAACUGACCAAACAUUGAUUUCUGACACUGUUCCCUACAAAAUGUUAUCCUUGUACGUAUAAUCAUUACCUGAUAAACUAAUGUAGAAUUAUUUACAUGUACACACUGGCAAAGACACAAACGCACCAAUACACGCCUACGUUAAUUUGAUUUUAAAAUUACGAUUGUUUGCUGGCCGGAGAAUAAUUGAGCACCUUGCGGAUAAUUUUUGAAUGCUUUAUAGAUAUAUGCCUCGUUUCAAAGCGGUGCAUUAACAAAGUGGAAUCUACAAUUUGAUUUGUUUGUUUACAGGGUAUGUAGAUAAUUUUGCCCAGUUGCAUCUUAUUCGGACGCUUUUCAUUCUUAGCAUCAUGGAUUCUCCCUGAUCAGUGUGACACAGUUAUUAAAAGUUACGUUGUCCGUGCACUUUGAUGACAUUAAUGACUCGUUUAAUUUAAAAUGUAUUAUAAGAAUUGUAAUGGAGCGCUGGUUUUCUUUGGUUGGCAUGAAUCCAGCAAGGUGAGAUUUGUAUGGGUUUUGACGCUGGAUUAGCUAAUAUUAGCAUCCCUGCCUGGUUGCCGAACAGCUAUGCGAUACACAAUUGAACGCGCGUGUCCACGCGUGUAUACACACAAACACGCGCGUGCGUGCGUGAGCACACAACCAUGCAAACGCAAUGCUGUUUUACCAUAUGCAAAAGUGUGCAUCUUAUCGAGAAACAGACACACAAAAAAUCCCCAGUGAAUCCAUUUGUUAUGAUUACAAAAUCUUGCAAGGCCUCAAGUGCAAUCCUAUAACAGUCUUAAUUGAAAGAUAACAUUUUUUAAUCUAAACUGAUUCAUUAUAAGAAUGUAUUCUUAACUCUUUAAGGCAUUAACAAAAAUCAAUUUGAAAUCUACGGGGAAUUUUGCGUUCUGUGGAUUUUUUUGCAUAACAAUUGUUCUGAAUGACCUCAGAACGCCGGCCAGCACGUGCACUUUUUGGCACAGUGUUUCUACGCAGCAAAGGAGGGCAACUCUCACUUUGAACUGCAUGAUGCACACACAUGCAGCAAUUGCACGCUCACUGGCCGAACGUCAGCAUAUUGGGCUUAAAUACAAAAGGAUCUGCUUUUUCUUAGUAUUGCAUCAUGGAAGCAACAGGUCUCAUAGUCCCACCGAAGAAGAAGAAACGAACAGGUCAAUAAUUUGGGAUAUAUUACAGCGGCUGUAAUCAUUUGUUUGUAUUAACAAGGCAAAGCAAUACUCAUUCUCUGUGUAAUGAGGGCGAGGUCAAUUUCGUUGUGGGCUUGCCACACCAUGUUGGAAAAGGUCCCAAAUCUACAAAAUCCUCGCCGUGGCGAAAUUACACAUCGCCAAAUUCAGAGGACACCGACAAUAAAAUAAAGUGAAAUAAAGUCAAAUGGAAAAUGAUUGCGCCGCGUUUUUGCAGCGCUGGCCCUAAAGCAGCGCUCAGAAAUCUGACUCGUCAUGGGUUUGAGACGCUGCCACAUUGUCAGUAUUGUUGCUGCUAAGCGUGAAUCUGCCGUGCGAGGUUUUCUGUUGUUGCAGCAAAAAAAAAAUGGUUCCGUGUCACGAGGCGGCGGAAAAUGAAGGCGGCUUAAAAUAAGGGAUGUUAGGGCCUACGAGAGAGCGCAACUUGAAAAUAUAAAGUGUGUCUGCGUGUCUUCUUUUCUGUUACCUGUCGCUGAAGAAGGUGAAUAUCGUUUGCUGCAUGAUUAACAAAAAAAAACAAUAUCUAUUCUAUAAUGCUCUUUUUCUGCAUGUCUGAAAGUGCGUGUUGAAAAUACAGAGGCGUUUAAAUAUUAAAUACUAAAAUAAUAAUAAAAACACACGAAAAAACACAUGAAAAUAAAAAAAUGAAUCGAACAUUAAAAAAAAAUAAAGCUUUACUGUAAAAGUAAUGCAUUUAGACAGGAUGAGGAAUGAUUACUUACAUGAAUGAAAGCUUUUGGAAUUUCGAAGAAAAAAAUAUAACUGCAAUCGUUGUGACAUCGCCACGUAUAUAUCUCUAUAGUAUGAGCAGAACUUUUGCACGUCUAACCGAUUGUACGCGGACCCCCCUCCCUCUCUCCUUCCCUUCCCCCAAGUCCAUCAUCGAAACCCAACGUCAACCGUUCACCCCUUUGCACGUUGUCCGACGUUUCUUUGGUCUUUGUGCGUUGCUCGAAAAAUAAUAUUUUAUGUUUCCGUCGUCUGUUCGUCCCGGAGAAAUAAGCAUGAUCGUCUGUCCCAAGUGUUGCGUUCCAUCCAGUUAAACAAAAAUAAGUCACCAAUAUCUUGUUUUCAUGUACUCCUAACUCAAGGAAUGUAUUCGUGUCCGUAAUAUAAAUGUGCGUACUUCGAAGUCAGUUUCCUUUUUCUUACAAAGAAAACAUAUUGCAGAAGAUAUGAGAACCAAGUACUUCAAUAAUUACUGGCGCGAUACAAUAAUAAUCAUCAUCAUCAUCAGUAUCAUCAUCGUAAUCUGAAAUCAAAAGGUGAACCUGUCACAAUCACUUUCAUCUUGUAACCAGUUGUGGGAAUACCACAUUCCUCUGGUAGGGAGGAGUCUUUUCAUUGAGUAAUCACUGUUGGCUUUCCACAAUGUGUUGCCUAUUUUAUGCACCCUGCGGAGAUGAUAACGAUGGGCUGAGUUGAGCUAAUCUCGGUUUCAAACUCAGCCUUUCGAUUGUGAGCAAAGCAUUCUGCCACAUUUCCUACAGUACAGUUACUUACCGUGUUUUUAUGAUAAUUACAAACGGGAAAGGCAAAUUAAAUUUUACAAAAAAAGUAUGACAAAAUCUAACAAUCGAUUCCUCUACAAGCAAUACUGUUGUUGUACCUUAUUUGCAGGUGGACUUGUACGAUCAGCUGCGUCUAGAGCAAAACGGUAAAUAUGAUCCGCCUGUUGUGUUGGGAUAUUGAAAGACACGUGCAAUCGUGGGCAUUGGACAUUCAUCAACUUCCAUUGAACGAGGACUUGAAAGCAGAGCGGCAUCAACAAAUUACGUUUGAAUGGGUUUUAGAAUUUACAACAUUCAGUGCAGCUAAUAUCUAUGGAACGAAGCCCAAUGCAAUUUUGAAUUAGGUAAUUGUAUUCUGGGAUCUGAUAAGAUUAAUUGCCUUCACACUGUUCAUUUUUUUACUUCUUUUAUGGCCAAAGAGAAGCCUCACUGACUCUCAAGACUCUUUGCACGAGGCUCCCGCUUUGGGAUAUUUGGUCAAAUUCCUCGGCGAGGAUUUUGCGUGUUCGAGAACACACGAGGCAUUCAUCCUCAACACCUAUAGGAAAGCCCUACUUGCUGUAACUACCAUCAACUUGCAAAUCACAGAAUACAGACAUGUAUGAUAACAUUUGCAAAUAAAGCUUGGCCAGCUGGUAAUUUAUAGCACACAUCUGUACCAACACAAUAUAUACAAGAUACAAUAGUGUACGCACAUUGUAAAAUGCUUAUAACCAGCUGUUAUUGCCAUUUCCUACAAAGCAGGGAACUAUUACAAUGGUAAUGGUAUUUUUGUGUUGUUUAGAUAUCUUAUCAGAUCCCAUGUCAUCUCCCCCAAAAUAUGUAAUUCAUCUCACACACCACACCACACACAUACUCAAGUACAGAAUGUGAAGAGAGAUGCAUGGUUUAUUUUAUUCUUGGGGAGUAGUGGUGCAGUGGUUCACAGACUGUGUUACAAUCCCAGUUACCUGGGUUCCAUUCCUGGCCAUGCACGUGUCUGAACUUGUCUUGGCCUCCACCCAGGUUAAUUCGUCGCCUUCAUUUUGAGGAUCUGGCGUAGUGUGUAAAUGUUUGUGUCUAUUUCAAAUAGACACAAACAUGAAAAACACUGUCACCACUGGUUUUAAAUUGGCUAACCUUUGGACAACGGAAUACAAAAACAAUAAUACAAAUAGGAGUUGAGAAUAAAUAUUUGUCCUAAUUAUAGGGCAAACAAAUAUAACUCGUGCUAAGUCAAGUACAAUAAUAAUGAUGAUGAUGUUGACGAUUCCAUUGCAUUUGAUUAGCAUCUCAUUGAUAUCGUGUGUGUAUGCAUGCAGUAUUUUUGGGACAAACUUUCCGACAGAAGGAAUCAUAGAGAAUCUGACGAUCGAUUAUUCCGCUUGUAUUGUCUGAAAAUACAUGUAAAACACCACGCUUUCAAAUGCUCACCAACCUAAUUACAACCCGAACCCCCUCAUUUUUGAAUGAAAAUGGAACACUCCAACGUUCCUAAACGUAUGUGGACAGCUCCAUAUUCACCCUGAUGGGGUGAGUAGAAACGAUUGUACGAGAGGAGUGGAGUUGAUAAUGUAUUAAACGACAACAUUAGUAAGUGAACACAUUGCCAAACGGAGUCCGCCGACUUCAGAGAAUGUAUCUGGUGUAGAAAGUCGAUAACAUUUUGAAUCUCUGUCAGACUCCCGUUUCAAGAUUCGCUGAUAUUCUAUUAAAAAAAA